GUGGUGAACUUGGUAAAUAAUUAUUACAGAUCAUUAAUUUGUAAUUUGUAAACAAUGGAGGGUGAACGUUGUAUUAAUAUUAAAGAAGAGAAACAAAUUACCUAUAAUGAAGUGAAGUUACAAGAAAAAUUUGGAAUCGUGGACAUGUUUGAAGAGUUCAUUAAUGAUGAACGUGUCCAUCAUGGAGAGAAAUAUAAGAAUGAAAAAUGUAACUUAAAUUCUACAGUUAUAGAAGUCAAUGCUUCUUUCACCAAAGAAAUGCCUCCAGGAUUAGAUCCACUGAUGAAUAACUCUAAAACAACUGACUUGGAGCAGUGUGAAUUGCCUAAAUGUCACUUGGUUAAUUAUACUUCAGGAGAAAAGAAGUAUCUUGAUGAACAGGACGAUCAUACUGCCAGACCUAAAGAUGACAAUAAAUGGGAUGUUAAAUUAGAAAUUGCGGAAAUUUCUCAACAGUCCAGAGAUGAAGAAGUUCAUGAUAGAGAUGAAUAUAAUAUAAUAAAGAAGGAAGAAAGUUACUCAAAAUCUUUAGUUAUAGAAGUUCAUGUAAAUCAAUCACCUGCCUCUUUUACCAAAGUGACGCCUAGAGUAUUAGAUCCAUUGAUGAAUAUCUCUGAAACAACUGACUUGGAAAAGUGUGAAUUUCCUAAAUGUCACUUGGUUGAUUAUCCUGCAGAUGAACAGUAUGAUCUUACUACCAUUUGUAAAGAUGACAAGAAGUGGGAUGUUAAAUCAGAAAAAAUGGAUAUUUGUGAACAAUUCAUAGAUGAAGAAAGUGUUCAUGAGAGGGAAGAAUAUGAAAUGAAGAAUGAAGAAAGUACCCCAAAUUCCAUAGUUUUAGAAAUGAAUCAAGUAUUAGAUCCUGCAAAUGAAGUUAAGGAACACAAGUGUCAUUUAUGUGAGUUUUUUACGAGUAGAAGAGAGUACCUUCUGAGGCAUGUCAAGCGUGUUCAUUCGAAUAUUAAUAAACAUAAAUGCCACCUUUGUGAAUAUGCUGCAACUUCUAGAAAAACCCUCAACAUUCACAUAAAAUCUGUUCAUAUAAAAAAUGAAGAACACAAGUGUCAUUUAUGCGACUAUUUUACCAGUAGAAAAUGGAAUCUUCGAAAGCACGUUGACACUGUUCAUAUGAAUAUUAAGAAAUACAAAUGCCACCUUUGUGAAUAUGCUGCGUAUUUAAAAGAAACCCUUGAUGCUCACGUAAAAUCUGUUCAUUUAAAAAUUAGGAAACACAGGUGUCACUUAUGCGAAUUUGCUGCGAGUAGAAAAAAUUCCCUUGAGGCACACAUACAAUGUGUUCAUUUGAAAACUGGGGAACACAAGUGUCACUUGUGCGAAUUUACUGCUAGUAGAAAAAACGAACUCGACGUGCACAUUAAUGGUGUUCAUUUGAAUAUGGAGAAACACAAAUGUCACUUGUGUGAUUAUGCUGCAAGUACUAAAAGUAUCAUCCAGCAUCACGUGAAAUCCGUUCAUUUGAAAAUUAGAGAGCACAGGUGCCACUUAUGUGAGUUUGCUGCGAGUGAAAAACGAAACCUCGAUAGACACAUAAAAUCUGUUCAUUUGAAAAUGAGGGAACACAGGUGUCACCUAUGCGAGUACGCUGCGAGUGUUAAAGAAAAACUUGAUGGACACGUAAAAUCUGUUCAUUUGAAAAUCAAAGAUCACGAGUGUCACCUAUGUGACUACGUUACAAGUAGAAAAGUGAGCCUCAAAAAGCACAUCGACUGCGUUCAUUCGAAUGUCAAGAAACACAAAUGUCACCUGUGUGAAUUCGCUGCUAAUCAGAAAUCCAACAUUCAGCGACAUGUAAAAACUGUUCAUUUGAAAAUCAAGAAAUACAGGUGUCACUUAUGCGAGUUUGCCGCGAGUGAAAAACGAAACCUUGAAAGACACGUUAAAUCUGUUCAUUUGAAAAUUAGAGAACACAAGUGUCACCUAUGUGAGUAUGCUGCGAGUGUAAAAGAAAAGCUUGAUGGACACGUAAAAUCUGUCCAUUUGAAAGUUAGGUAACGCAGGUGGCAACGUUGUGAAUAUGUUACAAAUAGAGAAGAUGACCUUCAAUCAAUCACCUGCGAGCAAAAAAAAGAGACCUUGAUGUACACAUGAAAUCUGUUCAUUGGAAAAUUAAGGAACACAAGUGUCAUCUGUGUGUUGGUUACAAAAGUGUCCCUGCCAAAUCAUGUGAAAACUUUUCCCUUAUAAAGCAAGCAACGUUUUAGUUUAUGUGUUUAUGCUACAAAUAUAUCAGAUUUUUUUUAAGACAA